CUAGUGGGCAGAGAAGACUCUUGGCCGGGCGGAUGGCUUCUCGGUGGCAGGACGUGAGCGCCUCUGUGCGCCGGAGAUCUCUCCGGAACCGGGAGCAGCUGGAGGACAGCAAGGUGCUGCAGCCUGUGGUGGGUCAUCAAGAGACCUCUACCCUGGGCUCCCUGUGCAGACAGUUCCAAAGGAGGCUGCCCCUGAGAGCCGUCAACCUCAACCUCAGGGCAGGCCCCUCCUGGAAGCGCCUGGAAACCCCAGAGCCGGGGCAGCAGGGCCUCCAGGCUGCAGCUCGAUCAGCCAAGAGCGCCCUGGGUGCCGUGUCCCAGAGAAUCCAGGAGUCCUGCCAGAGUGGCACCAAGUGGCUGGUGGAAACCCAAGUGAAAGCCAGGAGGAGGAAGAGAGGGGCACAGAAGGACGGUAGGCCCCCAGCUCACAGCCUGAGCCAGAAGAGCACCCGGCUGUGUGGAGCCGCCCCUGCCCACUCAGCCACGGACCCCUGGGAGAGGGAACAUCACCGCCUCUCUGUCCAGAUGGGCCUGCGUACCCCCCGACUACGGCGGUCAAGGAGGGAGGCUGCCUUCCGGAGCCCCUACUCCUCAGCAGAACCCCUCUGCUCUCCCAGUGAGUCUGACAGUGACCUAGAGCCUGUGGGGGCAGGAAUUCAGCAUCUCCAGAGGCUGUCCCAAGAGCUAGACGAAGCAAUCAUGGCUGAAGAGAGGAGGCAAGCCCUGUCUGACCACUGAGCCCUCACACCCAGGGUGUCUGUGCUGCCCCGUGACCACCCUGGAGGAAGCCCCCUGGAGUCGUCAGUACCCCUGGGCCACUGCUAACAAGGACCUAACAAGGGGCCCAGAGCUCUCCUGCUCCGGCCACAUCUGGACCCACCACUGACCGCCUGCCACAGCCUGCGAGUGACUUGGGGAGAUCUUGGAGAGAUGGGGGAAUUGUUUCUUCUACUCCCCAG